GAUCGUGACGUCACGCACUAUUUUUGCCAUACUAACCAAAGAUAUCAUUGAGCAAAAUUAAUAUUUUUUAAAUCAAAGCAACAUAAGUCAUAUGUUGGGAAGACAUCGAACUGGUAUUAUUUUUAUAUAUGAAUGAAAACAAAGUAAUUAAUCAAGAUUUGGGAGAUUGAAUAGGUGUGUACACAUAUUGAAGGAACUAUGUUUUAUAAUUUGUGAUUCCGCCCUAUAAAAUAAGCAAUACGGCACAAGUAAAUACGUUCAGCAACUUGGAAAAAAUUAUGACAUCUUCAUAUUCAACGAUGCAGAAUAAACAUGUAUAAGGAUUAAAUGAGUACGCAGGUUUUCAUCAUUUUGAUCAUCAUGUUUAGAAAGCAUUCCACUUCUUCCUUCCUUGUGGACCUUUCCAAAGCCUAGAGAAUGUGUCCACAUCUACCACUUUUACUCUAACAAACUCAUCUCCACUAUGAAUCCACAUUACCAUGUUUCCACUUCCAAUCUCUUCAUGCCAGAAAAAGGAAUUUCUCCCCACCAGGGUGGAAAUUCUGCCAUUAACUACCCACCUAAUUCUAUUUUAGGGGGAUACUCCCUAACAGAUAAUCAGUUUAACAUUCGAUUACCCAUCAAAGAGGAUAUGGGUGAACCAAAACAUGACAGUGCCAAAGUGGACUUGUAUUCCAUGGCAGACGAGAAAACAGGCUUGGGGGUUAUGAACUCGUAUCCUGAUUCAGGUGACCAGACAAGUCCGAUAACACCGGUGCCAAGGUCUACAUCUCACAUCAAUCCAUACCGUCCUUCUGCCAACUCUGGUGAUGCUAUGCUCAGUGCCAUUAACUACAAUGAAAAUGAAAUCUUACAAGAUGGACCGUUUGAUGUAUCAGUGGCAGGGACCCUUCCAAAUCUGGAUGAUGGCAUGAUUCUUCCCAACAUGGGACCUCAGGAUUUGUUUGAUGGAGAGGGAAAUAUGGAUGAGCCUUAUGACAUGGACGAGGACUUUGGAGAUCCAACUUCUGGAUUGGUGGGAGAAGGCAAUCUGGGCUCUGUUAUGGAUCCAGAGAGUCUUGGUAUAGAUCCAAGAUUUGCUGAGGAUGGCAGUAAAAAGAAAAUAAAGGGGAAGCAAAUGAAAACCCCUCCUCUAGGAUCCCCAGCUCGUAACUCUAACCUAUUAAUGUGUACCACGUGUAACAAAACGUUCAACAACACUAGUGCCUUGGCAAAGCACAGACUUACUCACAGUGAUGAACGGAAGUAUGUCUGCAAUUUGUGUCACAAGGCCUUUAAAAGACAGGAUCAUUUGAAUGGUCAUUUAAUGACACACAGAGAAAAGAAGCCAUAUGAAUGCACUGUGGAGAAUUGUCAGAAGAGUUAUUGUGAUGCUAGAUCCUUGCGGCGCCACUUAGAGAAUCACCAUAACCAAAGUCAUGAGCAGAUCCAGGAGGCUAUAGCAAAAGUGGCACAGAAUGCAGCAGCAGUGAUAGCAGCAGCUGCUGCAUCAAAUACAGCAUCUAUUAAGGCAGCUGCCACAACUACUCAGACCAGCCCUGGGAGUGGCAGUGCUUCAUCUGCUGUGUCAGCAAGUUCAGUAGGGAAUCAGAGCACCCAUAGUGAUGCUACGUUACCUGCUAUUGAAGGGGGUAACUAUGGGUCACAGUAUGCCAGUGAAAGUUCCACUCCUGUGACAAGCCCCACCUAUGGAGCUCCACAUGCACCACAGAAUGCUUUCCAGUAUGAGCAACAGCAGUCACAGGCAGUUGCAGGUGGCCAACAGGGGGGAUUAGGAGAGCUGGCACAGCAAGUGCAGGGCUCACAACAGCAGGCAGUGCAUGAAUGGCAGCAUAAGUUGCAACAAGAGCAGCAACACCAGGAGCAGCAGGCAGUCCAGGCCUUGAAAGAACUCCAUAUGAAAUUGCAACAGCAACAACAGUUCCAACAGCAACCUAUGACAUCGGAGUCAGCCAUUUUCGGAAUGAUUGAACCACAACAGUCACAUGCAGAUCAGCAAGCAGUUCAUGACCUGCAGUUAAAAAUCCAACAACAGCAACAAGCUGCACAACAGGCUCAAAUACAACAGCAUCAACAGGUUUCCCUUCCUUCCCAGUUGCAACAGUCGCAACAAACACAGUUGCUUCAGGCUUCACAAAUGCAGCAACAUCAGGCCCAAGAACUGCAUCAGUUGCAGAUUGGAUUACAUGCUAUCACACAAGGUAAAGAUAGCAUGGAUUCUCAAGGACUGCAGCAGUCGAUGGGAUACCAAGGUCAACCAUGGCAGACACAUGCAGUGAAUCCUGGAGUGAAGCAAGAGACAAGUCCUCACAGCUCUGCCUCAACAGAAGAACAGUCUCCUAGUUAUCUAGGACAGGUCAGCCCAAUCAGUCCAGCCCCUAGCCAGAUUCCAAAUUCAGGCCGCCUGAUAAACCCCAUGAGUGGGGUUUUACCUAGAGUUUACCAUCCAAAUGGAAAUGACCAAAAAAUGAUGGAUGACACAAAACCUGUUGUUUGUAACAUUUGUGACAGGAAAUUCAAAAAUAUUCAAGCUUUAAAUGGACACAUGAGAUUACAUGGAGGAUACUUCAAGAGGGAUGUAAAAGAAGACAAAAAGACAAAGAAGAUAAACCCAAUGAUGGCUCCUCCUUCACCUGUCGGGCAGAAACCCGUCCUUCCUAGCCAACCAUUCCCUGGUAACAUGGACCAAAUGGGAUCCUCCCCAAAUCAUCAUAACACAAUGCAAUACACAUUACAAUCUCCAGUACCACCUGACUCCCCCAUGACUGAGUCACCAGGAUUAUAUAAACCAGCACAGCCCCCACAGCCUCAAUACUGGGAACAACUUCAGGAGCAACAGAUACAGCAACUUAUUCAAGAUCAGCAGAUGCAGAGUAGCUUAGAGCAACAAGGCACCAUGCAGAAAAUGCCUCUUUCUCACGCUAUUCUUCAGCGCCAAAGCUCGAUGGAAACUAGUGAGUAUAAUUAUGAUAGUGGGAGACCACCAGUCACUCAGAUGCAUGCUCAGUCUGCCCCUCACCCGGCAGUGAAUACAAUGGAUACUCAGGAAUAUUCUAGGAAUCUGGCAGCACAGUUGCAGCAGCUUGCUCAGCAACAGAUCCAGCAACAAGAACUUAGUCAGACAGUUCAACAACAAAGGACAAUAGACAGUUUUAGUUCACAGGUUCCAAACCCACACAUCAAUCUGAAUUCCUUACCCAACCCAAUGAACCCCUCAAAUGUGCAGUCAACAUCAAGUUCCCUGCAACCAAAAUUUGCUCAAAGUAACAUAUCCCAGUAUGGGUCUUCUCAACAAAUUAAACAUGAGGUUGGGGUAAAAGAAGUGGCUAUUGCUGACCCACUUUCCCAUCUUGCUUCCAGUCAUGUGACCUUAGUUUCAACUUCUAAACACCAAGGGAUGACAGUUGCUCAACUGCUCAACAGCAUGGAAACUCCAGAAGGACUUAAGCAAUUUGACUUAGUUGAAUCUGGACCAAUUUCAGCUGGAAACAUGGAUACGAAUGUGAACAUUGGAAAAGCCAGUAGCAUACAAGCUGGGUCUGGUGCUGUGGAACACUCCAAUUCCAUAGGUGUUGUGAAGGAGAUGGAUUAUAAUUCAGCAUUAGAUGACAUUAAUAGCACCAUUGCUGCACAUGAGAUGAUGGAUCGCAAAAAACAUGAAGUGAAAGAUACACAGGCAGCAGAAAAUAAUCCUUUCCCAUUUCCAAAAGUGAAUAUCACAGACACUGUUACAGAGAGGCUGGAAGUUAAAGAAUCCCACAAACUAGAAGAUGUUGAUAAACACCGGGAAAUUAAACGUAGACUUUCAGGAAGUGAUUAUGAGAAACCAAAAACUUUUGUAAAUUUCACCACCCAAAAGUUUCCAACCAAAGAUGAAUCAUUUGUUAGGCCGUCUCCGUCCAUCUCUAGUCUGGAGGCAAAACAGCGAAUAAGAAGUAAAUCAGGAGAUGACUUUAAAUUUCUACGAUCUCAGAGUGUGGAUCAUAACUUCAUGAGGCCAAGGAGUAGAACUGAGGCAUCUCUACAUAAAUUUAAAUCUCAUGAUGGGAACUGGGACUCAUCAAAAUUAUCAAAAUCUGAUGGAGCAGGACAAUUUAGGAACCCAAACUCACUUGGGACAUUGAAAAUGAGGAGAAAGCAUCGACCUUCUCCUCUCUUUAUACCAACUUAUCUUAAUAAUUCAGGAUUUCAGAGUAGGUUACGUUCUCCGAGGAUUUUACAAGGAGAAACUCGUGGAGGAAAUACCCCACCUCCAUACACCCCUCCCCCCAUGUUGAGUCCCAUUCGAAGUGGCUCUGGACUUUUCUGCUCUUUGUCUGGAUAUGUACCAAUAACCCCAAAGUCAGCACCUUUGACCCCUAGGAAUUCCUUGCUGCUAUCAGCCAGAAGUAUCAGUUCAAUUAAGUCAUCAGAAAUUACUGGUAUUGCGGAAGAAGAGGAACCACAGACAGAGGCUACAGUGGAACCCCCACCAGAGACUGAUGUACUGCCGCAUGUUAAUAUAGGCAGUCAAUAUCAGGCUGAAAUACCUCUGUUUAAUGAAAACAGAUCUGAAGCUCUGAAAGCAGAUAUUAAAGAAGAGCUGGUGUGGACUCCAGCAUCCAUUGGCAACAAUUCAGAGGAAGAUGUGCAAUAUUACCAAGACUUCAGCUGUAGUGCAGCUGUGCCAGGCAAUGGGUGCAAUGUGGAGUAUGCCUUGCAUGUCCUACACCUCCUGAAAGGCAAUAUCAAGGAAGCCAUGUUGAAACUGAUGGAAGGAAAGAUUUCAUUGCACAACAAACACACGUUGCUAGAUUACAAAUACCAGGAAACUGACCAGUGGACUUCAGAAGAAAUAGAAAAAUAUCAGCAAGCAUUGUGGAAGUGUGAUAAAGAUUUCUUUGCAAUAUCAAAGGAGAUUGGUACAAAAACAACUAAAGAAUGUCUUCAUUUCUACUACCUGUGGAAAAAGGUUUGUCCAGAUGAACACAAGAGAUUGAGAAUCAUCCGUCGGAAACGGGAACAUGAUCGUUUGUACAAUCUGAGAUCCCAACAAGCUGCAGCACAAGUUCAGAAUACACCAUCUGCAGCAGAAAAUCACAGUUUUUCCAAACAAGAGGAAAAUGAUCAAGGCGACUCAGACUCCGAAUCCAGCGAGUUCAUGGAGAUAGACAAUCAAACUGAUAAAGAUGAUGUCCGCUCUGUUUCCUCAUCUGUCAGUGCCUCACCUGUACCAACCUAUACCUGUGAUUACCCAGACUGCUUUGCUAGUUUUACUUCAAAACAAGGGCUGAAUGGUCACAUUCGAAUCCAUGGAGGAGGCUUAUCAACAAAGAUUGCAGCAACAGAAAGUGGAGGAUCACAGGAAAUACGAGGAGUGUCUCAAGAGGCCAAGGGCCAAGGACGAUCUUCCACUAAAUCUAGUAAACCCACAAAACCUCCCCCUGCUAAUGUAGGGGAUGAGCCAGAAGUGUUUCCUUGUAAACUCUGUGGAAGAGUGUUUGCAAAAGUGAAAAGUAGGAGUGCUCAUAUGAAGAGCCAUAGGAUGGCUGAAAAUGAAAAAAACAAAAUGAAACAGAAUAACAAUGUAGACAUAUCCUUAAAUUCAAUACAGGGGUCACCAUAUCGGUGAGCUCCCCUGGAAAGUUCCUGGUGCUUUAUCAGAAAGUGACUUACAAAUUUCUGGGCAGUCUACGACUACAAAUUAAGGCAGCUUCUUUGUUAAUGAGGAAGAAGAAAGACAUCAUUUAUUUUAUGAAGUUGGACCACAAGAAAAGAAAGAAACAGGGUAAAUGAGAGGAAACAGGGAGUCACGGUGAAGUGUUGAAUCUCAAAGAUUACGGGUGCAUGUGAAUUCUCCUGUGUUUCUAAGUGUUGGAGUGUCUGCAUUGAUAAACCUUGACUUAGAGUUUGAAGCUAUAGCAAGUUUUGGUACGUUUGACUGUGCUCUAAAAUUAAAACUUCUCAGUAAUAUCCUAAAAGGACAUUGGAAUUGUGUAUUUUGAGCUUACAGUCAAUUUAUUAAUAGUGAUCAUUAUUUUUUUUCUGUAAGUUACAUUGUAAUUUCAUUUUUUACGUCCAUCAAUUUCUUUUAAAAUACUUUAACAUUGGAGAUAAUAUACAUGUCUAUCAACAACUAAAACUACUUAAAGAUGGAACACUGUAGAAUUCUCUUCCUGAAAACCAAUGCAGUGCACUUUUCGUCAGGAUAUCUCCGGUGAUAUAGAUUCAGAGCAAGUAGUCGGGUUUGAGAUGGCAGAUUCUUUAUGGAAGAUAGAAAGGGUCCAAUGCUUGUCUGUGAUUUUGUUUAUGUGAUUGGGACCUCAGCUGGUCGUCUAUGUGUUGUUGUCAUUCCAUAAGAACAUGUAUUGUGAGCUGUGACUUUAAUUGUUUUCAUAUAUAUGAGUUUUCUAUGGGCAAGUUUGACUGAUAUGUCAAUAAAAAAAAGAUGUAGGUGACAUGUUAGUGCUUGUUGAACUUGAGUUCAACUCUUCUGAAUGUACUGUAAAAUCGUUAAUUUUUUUAAGGGGGGUGGAUAUUUGUUGAUUUUGUGGUAUGGACAUUCAAUUCCUCCAUGAACGAGAGAAAGUGAUGUACCACAAGGAAUAACAACUCUUCAAAACUUCUCACACUACUAAAGUUUAACCCCAUGAGAAUGUACAGUAAUAACAGUUUAUUUCGGCAAGUCAAAACUUCUAAAUUUUUGCUCAGUUCUGCAUUCAUUUCUAUCUAGGUAGGGGGUGAUGUGUUAACGAAAAGGUUGCAGGACUGAUUUUUCUUUGGUCUCAUUACUUAAUCAGCAAACCUGCCAUGCAGUUCCUUGAGCUAUUCUACAUUACGUACACACACAAAAUAACUUGGAUGUGUGUUUGAAAACGAGUUUCAGUUUGCUUUCAUUGGAUGUCAAAGGAUAGUGCUGGUGGGUUUUUUUUCAUGUUUGUAAUGUGUGUAUUAUAAUGUAUAUUAGGUUGUUUUUCAUGUAUAUUGUAUGUUAUUUCAUAUUUGCCAUAUUAUGUGAAAUGUGCUUUCAUAUUAUGUUAAUGUUGUUUUAUUGUCUCAUUUAACAUAUUCUAUAGACUGUUACUAUAUUUUGACACUUUAAAAGGAAGUUUCAUUGAAGUGGAGAUUAAUGUUUAAUUUUCAUCAAAGGAAGAUAUUUUUUAAAAGAAAAAAUUAGGUAAAUUCUGAGCAUACAAUUGGGGGUGGGGGUAUAUGUUUUGUAUUGAAACUUAAGUGAAUUUUUUCAAGGCCUCCUCCUCUCCUCUCCCCCCCCCCCCCCCCCCCAUGAAUUUUUUUUUCACUAAUCUGAAAUUCCAGUCCAGUGCAUUGGUAUAAAAGAACAUUAACUUUGUACAAGUUAAUUUAAUACCUGUUCCUUUGGAAACCAAACCAAAUGUGUUAACAAUCAGUUAAAUGUUUAUUUGUGCAAUAUCAGUAAUUGUUGACCAUUUGUAAAUUACUUUGUUUUCACUAGUGUGAAAGAUGUGCUUGCCAGCUGUUCAAUCUGUUUUUGAAUUAAAACAUGGGAUGUCAUCCUGUAAAUUUUUGGUCCAGUUAUGACUUAUAUUGUGCUUUAUUACCAUGGAAUAACAGAUGAUACAACAGUUCAGAUAUUCUCCAUAAUUAUAUCAAGGAGAAAAUUUAAACAACAAUUAGUUUAUCAAUGAUAUAUCAAACAUGUAAAUACCAGAAUAACACUUGGUUUUGUUUUAUUUUAUUGAGUGUUCUUGAAAUUCUUGUUAAUAGUGCUAUAUAUAUCGUAUAAAUCUGACAAAUUUAUUUUUUCUUAAAAUGUUUUUCUCCAUUAAAACCUUAAUUCUUGUACCUUUUUCUCUCGGACACCAAACUUGUGGCCAUACUGUGUCUCUUUACAUACAUUUGGUUUAGGGUAUGCUGGCCACAAGCUCGAUGCCUGUGUUUUUCUAUUAAUGAGGUCCUAGGAACAUUUCCAUUAGAAAGUUCUUUUAUGAAUUUGAAAAAAAUUGUUAAAGGAAAUGCAUUUGGAUCAGUAUUUAUGUGUAGGCCAACAUGAAAGGAAUUACAAAAGAAUUUACCUUUCAACUUCUGAAGAGCCGGUUACUUCUGAAUAUUCAAUGUGUGUGGUUGUGUCCAUUUAAUCAGAAAAUUUCUGUAUAUAUGGAGAGAUAUUAUUAGUGCUGUAUAUGUGUGUGAUUUAUAUAUUAUACAUGCAAGUUACUGUUUUGUAACUUCCUCAAUGCUCAAUUUGUUAAAAUUAGAUUUUGUUUAUUAGUGAUAGCUGGAAUAAAGAUAAGUAGGCAUUGUUUGACUGUUCAGAAUGAGUAAUGUGUUUUAUCAUAUUCUCAUCACAAGAGGAUUUAUAGUGCAGAUUAUGAUACUGUCCCAAAACUGGUAUUUCAAAUGGCACUGCUACCUACUCCUUGGGGGUUGGGGGGUGGGGUCACGUUGAUUAUUGCAAGUUUUCGUUAUCUCAUCACUUUCAGGUAUUGGAAAGCAUAUGUUGAAAAAUGAAAUUUACAUAUUGUCAGACUGAGCUUGUAAAUUCUGUGUUUUUAGAGUAUGUACAUCUGUCUGUGCUGUCUAUUUUAUCUUAAUUUUUAAAAAAAAUUUACUUGUAUGCCAUGGCAUUUUGAACUGCAAAUUUUGUAUGUGACUUAAUUAUAUGUGAAUAUGUAAAAAGUUACUGCUUGCUUCAUGCAUUAAAUUCAUCCUCAUGUGACAAGUGGCAACUAUUAUAAUCGUAACCUAGGGCUUCUAUAGAACUCCUCUCAGUAUUGUUUCUUUCCAUGUCAUGUUUUUAUUGGAGUGCCCGUAGUGGGAGAACACAUCAUGUUAAUAUUACAAAUUAUAUAUAUAUAUAUUAUGUAUAAAUGUAUUGAAUACAUUUUAAAAAGAGUAUUUUUGUUAUUUUUUUCACACAUCUUUUGGGACUUGAUUACAUUGUAUUUCACAUGUUGAAAAGAUUCAAUUACCUAUUGUAAAAAAAAUUUCCACAUUAAACUUACAAGGCUGAUUAAAUUCA